CUCUCUGACACACAGUCACACCACACGCUGCAGGACCGUUCGCUCAGGAUGGCCACACAGAGAAAAUACCACAAAGCGUCAAGUAUUGCUUUCUUAAUCUGUCUCUUUGCUGUCUCAUUUCAAGCUGUGAUUUGUGACGAAGUGCAUGAAGAUUCAAACGUCAACACCCGUGGGGAUGGUGAUCCACUCCUUCCAACAGCAAAGGUGCACCACAAAGACACCUCAGAGACGCCACAAACUGAGACCACUGAGUCAACUCAGCCUGACACACCGACCCCAGAUCAGACCAAGCCAAACCCACCUGAAAUAAACAGUGCCACUUCUAAGGGAAAUGUGGUCUGUGUGGAUAAAAUACCAGCGCAAUACAAAUAUGAUGUGAUGCUGAAACUAAAGGCCUCCUCCACAUGUGAAGAGACUAAAGUCAGGAUACAGAGUGUUCUAGAACAUCUCUGUGGUGAAGACUGCAAACUUGAAAUCUAUCAGAAAGACAACACUGAUGAGAUCAUUGUUUAUGGAGACAGCAUUGAAGCUGAUCCUGAAGAAAUGGCUGGGAAGUUCAACAAUGACAACAUCACCGAUAAGGUGGAAGUAGAGGAGGCGGUGUCCCGAAUGGGCCAACACUCUAAAAUUGUCCUGAUCUCUCUUCUGAUAACGGGUUUGCUUCUUGCUGCUUUGUUAAUUGCUGGAUACCUUCUAAAGACUAAUCAAGGACAAUCGAAGGGGCUACGAUUGGCUGAGGACUCCUUUCAAGUGGAUGAAGAGACCCAAGGCAACACACUGCUGUCUGUGGCUCCUCUGCCUCAACAGGAACCUUUGGACAAGCCCAUCAUCAACGGAGAGUCUCCAGAAUCUCCCCCCACCAAUGGACACUCCGCCACCCAGACACAAGUGAAUGAUACUCCAAUGUAAGAGACUCGUUGUCAACAUCAAUCCAAUGACCAACAUGAAGAGUGAACAAACAUCAUGGCUUAUCAUGCACAACAACAUUAGGCGUGAUAAAAACUGCAACGGAGAUGAUGCUGAGAAAAACAAUGAUGAAAGUGCAAGGAACUGAUUGCUGGGCAGCCUUAUGUGUAAACACAAGAGAUAAAAGAACCAAAUCUGUUCCAGUUGAGCCUGAAAUGUUAGCUGAUGAAUAACAAUUCAGAAACCGGAUCAAUUAUAUACAAACAUCAAACAUUUACACUUUCAAAUAUGUUUGGAUUCCACCAGUGCAAAAAUUCUCUUGAGAUCUUCCAUGCUUAAGGAAUUUGUAAACUGCAUAUAAUGAAUAGGAUUUGUAUUAUACGUUUAGAUGAGCCAAAAUCUUAAGUACGUACAGUAUUCAUACUGGAAAAGCAUUCUCAAGUCUACACUGCUGCUCUAUAAUA